AUGAGAAUAUUUAAAAAGAAUAAGUUAUUAGAGAGAGUAAAUUUUGAUAAAAUAAACAAUGUACAGAUAUAUGGAGAAAACAAAAUUCACUGCAAAGGAUUUUUUGUGUCUGGACCGGCGUUUUUAACAGUCGUCUCGUCUUUUCUUAUGAUAUUAAUUCCAGUUGCCAUAUUUCAUACCUUUACGUCAACAUGGCUUUUUGAAAAUGGAAUUUAUUUGGUUACGUUUUUUAACAUGUUCUUUUUUUUCUUAACAAUUUAUACUUUUUUUAAAACAAGUUUUAUGGAUCCUGGUAUAAUACCAAGACAAAAAUCCGUUUUAAAUAUAUACGACGUGAUAAUUCAGCAAUACCGAGAAACACAGCCCCCCAGACAAAAGGAAGUUUUAAUUAAUGGGAAUUUUUAUAAGCUAAAAUAUUGUUAUACUUGCAAUAUAUAUAGGGGCAUAAGAACAGUACACUGCUCUAUCUGCGACAACUGUGUUGAGAAAUUUGACCACCACUGCCCAUGGGUAGGGAACUGUAUCGGUGCAAGAAAUUAUAAAUAUUUUGUAUAUUUUGUUUUUAAUUUAUACAUACUGAUAUGUAUAACGCUAGGAGCAAGUAUUUAUAAAUUGACAAUAUGCAUAAAUAAUUUAUCAGACAAAGGAUAUAAUAGUGAAAAAAUAUUUAUUCAUAUAUGGAAAAUUGCCACAGAUAGUAUAAUAUUGAUCAUAUAUACAAUUUUAACAUUAUGGUUUGUUAUAGGAUUAUUAUGUUAUCAUAUUUAUACUAUAGUAACUAAUCAGACAACAUAUGAACAAAUUAAAACAUUUUAUCAAAACGAUAAUCCUUUUAAUAUCGGUGUUAUAAAUAACAUAAAAGAAAUAUUAUUUACGAAAACCAGGCCAUCAUAUAUAGAUUUUAUAAACCCACGAUUACAGGUUAUUGAUAAUAAUUGUUCUCAUCAUGUUAUAGUCUUAAGUGAUAAAGCUAUACAUAUGGAUGAAAAUGCGAAUGCUAAUUUAUCCUCAGAUAAUAGUAGUAAGAAAAAGUAUAAAAGAAAAGGAAUUGGAAAAAUGGUAAUGGGAGCAGUAGGCGAAGGUGGUAGAGCCAGUUUGAAAGAAUUAAGACUACAUGAUAGUAGACUAUCCAAAAAAAAAAAAGAUUAUCAUUCGUUGUAUUCAGUUGAUAGUAAAGGUAGAAAUAAAAUGUACAGUGUUAAAAACAAAAAAAGAAAAAAAGAAAAGAGUUUUGAAGAAUAUGAUAUUACAAAAUUAAAUAAUAUAUCUAAUAAAGCAAUUGAAAAAGCUGCACAUAUUAAAUUUGACAAGAAUAAAAAUUCAAAAUUUAUUAAAAUGAAAUUAUCUAACAUUAGAAAAAACAGUUUCACGGAAGAGUUAAGUAACGAUUUUGAAGAAAUUAGUAAGUAUCAUCAUAAACGAAUUGUUGAUUUAAAUAAUACUGUUGGCUCACUAUUUAUUAAAAAUGAUAUAUCAUCAACAAAUAGUACUAAUAACGAAAUAUAUAGUGAUAUAUAUAAUGAGAGUAAGACAAGUUUUAUAUAUGAUGAUGUAGAGGCGGAAAAACUUCAAGAUUACCAUGAGGAUGACGUUGAGUACGUUAUUAUCAAAAUUAAUCGAAAAAAAGAAAGAAAAAAAAAGUAUAAUAAUAAUAGAAUUAACAAUAGUAAUGAUGCUAAUAAUGAUGAUAGUACUAACAACAAUAAUAAUAAUGAUAGUAAUAAUAAUUAUAUUAUCAUCAAAAAAAAACUCAAAAGGGAAAGUGAAAAUUUAAAAAUUAAAAUUGAUAAUAAGACGAAAGAUGAUAUAUCUUCAAGCCAAAUAAGCGAUUCUAAAAGAAUUAGAAGGAAAAAAAUUAAGUAUGAAACAAAAAUAAACUGCUUUAAUAAUUUAAUCCAUGUAAGAAAGAAAUUAGAGUAUCCUAUCUUGUAUAAAAAAAAAAUUCCUUUCAUGAAAAAAUUUAAAAACAAAGUUGAGACUUAUUACGUAGUAAAGUAUUCCAACGUAAAGAAAAAAAAUAUUAUUGCUUAUUCAGCACAAAAUGAUGGUGAUGAGGAAACUAAUAGGAUUAACUCAAUGAAGCAAAUGAGCGAAUCGAACAAUGUAAUAAGCGGCAUGAACAAGGUAAACGAAACGAACUAUUUAAAUAGAACAUGUUCAAGAGAUUAUUAUUGCCAUGACAAUGUCUACAGUAACAUUAUAAAAUUAAAAAAAAUUAGCAGUAUUAAUAAUACAAAUAGUUGUAAUAUAUCCAAUAAUUGUAAGAACAAAAAUAAUAAUAACUGCGAUUACAGUAGCUAUAGUAUUAAUAUGCAAACUAAUGAAAAUAUGAAAUUGAAGGGAAAGAAAAAAAAAAGUAAGUCUUUAAAUAAAGAUGUAGUAAUAAGCAUAUACAAUUACAAGGCGAAAGAUAAAAAGGAAAAAUAUAGCAGCGAUGAGGACAUAACAAAUUUAGGUCAACAAAAAAAAGAACAACUUCAUAGUAGUAACAGCAGCAGUAACAGCAGUUAUAACAUUAACAAGAGUAUCUUUUCAAUACAUCCUUUAAAUAUGGGAAAGAAAAGGCUUCAUUUUAAAUUACCCACCUCAUACCCCACUAAGAUAGAUAUGGUUGAGCUAGAAAAUUUUAGCAAAAUUUGCGAAAUGAGGUACACAAAAUUGUACGAAUGGAAAUAUAAAAAAAUGUACAGACGAAUAUUAAGAAGAGGAAAAAUGAAACUGCUCUCAAAACCAUAUAAAAGAAAUAUAUAUUUAUAUUAUAAUAAUGAGAAUUGUUCAUUUAUUGAAUCAAAUGAUUUGUAUAAAAUUAAUAGUGAAUUAUUAAACGGAUAUGAAGAUGCCGAUUUCUAUUAUACUAGGAUAAGUAACAAUAAAAAAUUUGAUAAUUUUAAAUUACUUAAUUUCUUAAUUCAUAUGAAUAAACAAGAUAAAAAUCGCGCUAACAUUAAAAAAAAAAGUAAAGCUUCCAAAUUUUUUUAUUUCUUUACAUCGUUUGCUCUUAUAAUUAACUGCAUACAUAUACCCUCCAAUAAUGAUAAUGACUGA